UAACUCUCAAACCAAGCAGGUUUAAACUGAAGCUGAGCCUCCAUCUAAACUCUAUGAAUUUUUGCUUUCAGUUGAACUGUUUGGCUGUUCCAGGCCAGCACCCAGCCCAGAAUAGUGCAGCUGACUUACUGAUUGAAGUCUGCAGCUCUGGAGAAGCACGAGAAGCCAAGGACUUUACAAAAGGCAAACAUGCGAAGCGCAGCCAAGCCCUGGAAUCCAGUUGUCAAGGCCAGUAGCCAUGGCCCUGACCGUGCCCGGCCCCUCCCCACAAUCUCUUCUGGCAUGAAAAGUUCUAAGUCUUCAACCUCGUUGGCGUUUGAGUCCCGACUGAACAAGCUCAAGAGGGCCAGUAGUGAGGACAUGCUGGACAAACCUGGUAGUACUGCCUCAUCAGGGACAGCACGAUUGAAGAAGACUGUGACAACAGGAGCCAUCUCUGAGCUCACAGAGAGCCGCUUGAAGAGCAGUACAGGGGCUGUUUCAACAACCAAACGGACAGGCAUUCCAGCUCCACGGGACCUCUCAGUAGCUAGCUCAAGAGAGAGAUCUGUGCCACGUGGUUCCUCCAACCCUAAAAAAUCAGGGUCCAGCCCAACUUCCUCCUGCACACCUACUCCUACCAAGCACCUGAGGACCACUUCUGCAAAACCCAAGCAAGACCAUGAAGGUGGAGAGAAGGCUGUGCUUGAGUCCCAGGUUCGGGAACUUCUGGCAGAAGCCAAAGCCAAAGACAGUGAAAUCAACAGACUUCGAAGUGAACUAAAGAAAUGCAAAGAGAGAAGAGCUGUGAGCUCUGAGGGGGCCGAUGCUUCAGACCCAAGUGCCGAUGGAACUAUCGCUCUACCAGGUGACACAGAACCUUUGGUAAGAGCCCUUGAGGAGAAGAACAAGACCUUUCAAAAAGAGCUUGCCAACCUAGAGGAAGAAAACCGGGCCUUGAAGGAGAAACUGACUUACCUUGAGCAGUCGCCGAAUUCCGAAGGGGCAUUAAGUCACAUUGGUGACAGCAGCUGCCCGACAUCCAUAACUCAAGAGUCGAGCUUUGGAAGCCCAACUGGAAAUGAUCUGUCAUGUGAAACUGAUGAGUACAAAAGAAACACACAUGGGAAUGCAUUAAGGACAUCAGGUUCUUCAAGCAGUGAUGUUACCAAAGCUUCUUUGUCGCCAGAUGCCUCUGAUUUUGAGCACAUCACUGCAGAUACCCCAUCUCGGCCCCUAUCUUCCACUAGCAACCCUUUUAAGAGCUCCAAGUGUUCCCCCAUUGGGAGCUCCCCAAACAAUGCAAGUGAGCUGUCCCUGGCUUCUCUUACAGAGAAGAUACAAAAGAUGGAAGAGAAUCAGCACAGCACUGCAGAAGAGCUGCAGGCUACUCUGCAGGAAUUAUCAGACCAGCAGCAAAUGGUCCAGGAGCUGACAGCUGAGAAUGAGAAGCUGGUAGAUGAGAAAACAAUUUUGGAGACAUCCUUCCACCAGCAUCGAGAGAGGGCAGAGCAGCUAAGUCAAGAAAAUGAGAAACUCAUCAGUCUUUUACAAGAGCGAGUAAAGAAUGAAGAGCCCAACACCCAGGGAGGAAAAAUCCUUGAACUAGAGCAGAAGUGCACAGAUAUUCUUGAGAAUAGUCGCUUUGAAAGAGAGAAGCUGCUCAACAUUCAGCAGCAGCUUACCUGUAGCUUACGGAAGGUUGAAGAGGAGAACCAAGGAGCUUUAGAUAGGAUUAAGCACUUGAAGGAAGAAAAUGACAAACUAAAUGGGUUUCUGGAACGAGAAAGGUGUAACAAUACUGUGAUGGCCAAAACUUUGGAAGAAUGUCGAGUUACCUUGGAAGGCUUGAAGAUGGAGAAUGGGUCCUUGAAAGCUCAUUUGGAGAGUGAUAAGCGAAAGCAUACAGAAGCCAGUAGUACCCUGGGCCAGAUUACAGAAAACUGCGAAGUUCAGGAAAUGUUGAAAGCAGCAAGAGCUGAGAAAGAUCAACUAGAACUGUCUUGUACUGAGCUCAGACAAGAAUUGCUAAAGGCAAAUGGUGAAAUUAAACACGUCUCAAGCCUGCUAGCCAAGAUGGAAAAGGAUUAUUCUUACCUGAAGGAGAUCUGUGAUCACCAAGAAGAACAGCUGAGCAGAACCAGCCUGAAACUUCAAGAGAAAGCAUCAGAGAGUGAUGCAGAGAUCAAAGACAUGAAAGAAACCAUAUUUGAAUUGGAAGAUCAGGUGGAACAGCACCGGGCUGUGAAGUUACACAAUAAUCAACUCAUUAGUGAACUAGAAAGCAAUGUGAUCAAGCUGGAGGAGCAGAAGUCAGACCUAGAACGGCAGCUCAAGACCCUGACAAAGCAGAUAAAGGAGGAGACUGAGGAGUGGAGGCGCUUCCAGGCAGACCUGCAGACUGCAGUAGUGGUGGCCAAUGAUAUAAAGUGUGAGGCCCAGCAGGAGCUUCGCACAGUGAAGAGGAGGCUGCUGGAGGAGGAGGAGAAGAAUGCCAGGCUGCAGAAGGAGCUGGGAGACAUUCAGGGACACAGCAGUUCUUUACUGGAGAAAUGCUGGUAGGAGGAGCCUAAUAAUGUCUCUGACAUCUUCUCUUAUCUGAAAAUUUCUGACUUCACAACCAUAGAAGUGAACGCAUGUUGCCAUAUUCUGGACAUUAGCUUCUCCCUAUGGGAUAGUGUGAGCUGUUGACUGUUUAGUUUGAAAUGAAGAUCCCGUUGCCUCAUAUAUCUCCUUCAUCAGCCUUCCCUCCCCUCAUUUCUAUCUUCACAGCUCCAUGGUCUCUGUCAGCUAGCAGAGCAUUUGGUGGAUGAAAGACAGCCCAGCCCUUGCCAUGAUUGGAAACUACAGCCAUUUCUAUGUGAAAGGGAGAAUGUGUAGAGGAGGAAUUAGCUUUUUGUAAAGAGCUAGUUGUCUCCUUGGCCAUUUAUGCUUCACACAGUCAUUCCUUUUGCUUUUUCCACAUUUUGGACUCAACUCACUACAUGAUCAAAGAUUUUUUUCCUCAGAAGAUUCAGCAUUUUCUCUUUUCUUUUUUGGAAGGAGAAUGUAAUGAAGUAUUGAAAAAAAAAACCAACACAUGUCUUCUGAAAGAAAUUUAUAUGCAACUAGAGUGCUGAAAGUGAUCGGUGGCAUAGCAUACUCAGAAUAUUGGUGAAUGUAGCCCACGCAUGAGUUCUUCUUUCUGAUGUUUCUCAUUUUUAUGCUGCCUUCUGAAGAUAGUGUCCAGUAAUCUUGGAAUUCACACUACUUGUGGAAUAAGAAACCAUCUGCAUGAUGCCAUAUUCUGGAAAAAGUAGACAGACAUUCUGCCCCCUUAGGUUGAGGCUUCAUUGAGCCUUUUUCAAGAUGAGUUUUAUUUUAUUACCUCAUCUGAAACAAGAAAUCACUAAACUGUGGUUUGCUUUCCAGAAUUUUUGUUGUUGGAUCAAAUACUUUAGUUGAUGAUAAAAGAUAUAGUUAGCUAGAUAGGGACAAUGUACAGUGAUAGUGCAAAUGGAAACUUAACUGAAAACUAAUGUAGGACAACAUACAACAAAAGCCUCAUGAAUAAAAACUACUCUGGAAGCUUAGAUAUUUUUAAUGAAGAAAUGGGCAAAUCACAGCAGUCUAGAAUUCAUCGUAUGAUUAAACUUUUGGAAUUGCAGACACUUGUGAAGUUCCAUCUGGCAACCUACUGCAUUUCCAUAUGAGAGCUGUGAAUGGAAGAUUAAGGUUGUUGGUUACACCAUGCGAAUGACAAUGCAGGAGUCAACUGCCUAGUAAAAGGAAAAUUAUGACCAAGAAUGCUGUUCAAACUCAGGAAGUCAUUUUGAGGCUCAAAUUGGAGAGUACACAUUCACUAGAAAAUUUUGAAGAAGAAGAAGAAGAGACAUUGAUGUCUUCUCCAUAAUAAUUUACACUUACUGAAAUUGUCUUAGAUUUGAAAUUUGUGUCCUGGGAGAUACUUAUCAUAAACUCAAAACCUUAGAGUGACUUACAAUUCAUUUACUAAAUGUUUUCAAAUAAAACAAUAAGAAACAUGCAAGCUCAACUUACAGUUCACAGCUGUGUUUGCACUCAUUUUGAUGUCUUUACUCUGGGUACUGUCAAAUGUUUUUAUAAGUGUUUAUGAAGUACUAAAUAAAUAUUAUUUGGAAGA